GCAGUUACCAUUCUAGAUCUGGAUUUCAGGCAUACUGCAAAAGGAAGUCUCUGUUGCUACACGUACACACACACACACAUACACACAUAUGUUUACUGAGAAAAAGUUGAGGUGCUGGUCUGUGAUCCUGCUCAGAAACGGAUUAAAAGUUUUAAAUAGUUAAUAAGAAAGAGAGGUGAGCUAUGUCCUCCCGUGUGGUGAAGUCCAGAAGCAGGAACCCAUACACAGCGGUGCAAGUAGACCCCGACAGUGAUUACAUCACACCGGGAACAUUAGACCUGGAGCAGCUGUUCUGGACCGGCACCGGGGCUCAGUAUGCACAUGUCAACCAGGUCUGGCCCAGGGUCUACAUCGGGGACGAGAAAACAGCUCUGGAGCUGCCUGGCCUGAGGGAUCUGGGUAUCACACAUGUCCUUAAUUCAGCAGAGGGAAAGUGGAAUAAUGUGCUGACUGGUGCUGAUUACUACACUGACAUGGGAAUCCAGUACUACGGUGUAGAAGCUGAUGACAAACCCACCUUCAACAUCUCCCAGUACUUCUGCCCUGCAACCCAGUUCAUCCACGAGGCCCUCAGUAACCUACAGAACAAGGUGCUGGUGCACUGUGUGAUGGGUCGGAGCAGGUCAGCGACUCUGGUCUUGGCAUACCUGAUGAUAAAACACAGCUUAACUGUGGUGGAUGCUGUUGAGCACGUGCGACAGCACCGCUGCAUCCUGCCCAACCAUGGCUUCCUAAAACAGCUCAGAGCCCUGGAUAUCACGUUACAAGAGGAGAGGUUUGAACAAAAAAGAGAGAUGAAACACCAAUAACGAACAAUAAUAGACAAUAUUCCUGAGUUUACUACUUCAGUUUUUUCUUUUGAAUUUCUUUGUUAUCCAGAAAUGUUUUAUUAAACUCGGU